AUGGUUUUCCCUAAAAAACUUCUCUCUUCUUAUAGGAAUCCAUUGCUUCUAGAAUCUGGUGAAACAACCUCAACAAACCAUAAUCUGGGAAAAUCUAGUUUUAGAUCUUCCGAACUUGCUAAUUCUGCUCCUACUGACUACUUAGAAUUUCCAUGUCCAUCUGGAAAUAACCAUCAAAAUCUCAUAGUACUACUCUUAUUAAUAGAGAUUCAACGGUCAGCUUAUAUUCUAUUAUGUAUUGGAUGCACAACCGCAGAGCUAACUUCAUUUUCUGAUCAUGUUUUACAGACCCCGCUUCAGGGCUGGAUGAUGGCUAUUGUGAUGGCACUAUUGAGUGGCUUUGCUGGUGUUUACACUGAGCUGAUCAUUAAAAAGCGACCUUUAAGGAAUAUCAAUGUGCAAAAUUUCUGGCUGUAUAACUUUGGCAUGAUUUUCAAUGUUGGAGCUAUGCUUACACAGGAUCAUGACGAUAUUAUGAACAAGGGAUUUUUCCAUGGUUAUUCACUCAUCACAGUAUGCACGAUUAUCAACCAUGCUCUUAGUGGGAUUGCAGUAUCUAUGGCAAUGAAAUAUGCAAAUAAUAUUGUCAAGGUUUACUCCACUUCCGUUGUAAUGCUUCUUACAACAUUUAUAUCAAUGAUUCUUUUUAGGUUUCACUUGACUCUUCCUUUUGUCCUCGGUUCAAUGGUUGUGUCUGUAUCUUUUUAUUUGCAUUCUAAGGGAAAGGCACCAAGGUAAUAUCCAACUGUUGAGUCAAGUCAAGGGAUAAACAUUUUCGAGAGUUAGCAAAAUAAUUUUUCUUUAAGGUUAUCUUGCUAGUGAGGGUAACUCUUAAUUCGGAACUGCUCUGGAUGGACUUCCAAUAUCAUAAUGUACCAAAGAAGUUGAGCUUUGUUCCUUUUUGAUUCGAGGAUGGUGUACCCAUUUAGCAUUUUAGAUAUUACUUUGUUAUUUAAGUCACAUUUAAAGAAACAAAAGGAUUCCAACUUGCCUUGAGGAGACGAGGUUCAUAGUCAUUGAGUUGAUAUUUAUAUCAAAUAUGGCUAAUUGACGAGAGUCUUAAAAUUAUUUGGGCCCUAUACAUGUAAUUUACUUA